AGCUGAUCAGUUUUCAAUCACCUGUUUUUGUAUCUCCUAAGUAAGCAUCUUCGACGAAAUCAAUAUUAUCCUUUUCAUCUCUAGCGAUCUUCCAGUCACAUCCAUUAAAAAUGUCGAAAGCCAUCGGUAUCGAUUUGGGCACCACUUAUUCUUGUGUCGGUGUAUGGCAGAAUGACCGUGUUGAAAUUAUCGCCAACGACCAGGGCAACCGAACGACCCCCUCAUAUGUAUCAUUCUCCGAUAACGAACGGUUGAUUGGUGACGCUGCGAAGAAUCAGGUCGCCAUGAACCCCCACAACACCGUUUUCGACGCUAAGCGUCUCAUUGGUCGUAAAUUCGAUGAUGCCGAAGUUCAAUCAGAUGUGAAGCACUUCCCCUUCAAGGUGUUCAGCAAGACUGGCAAACCAUACAUUUCCGUUGAGUACCGUGGUGAGACCAAGGAGUUUUCUCCUGAAGAAAUCUCUUCAAUGGUUCUCUUGAAGAUGAAAGAGACGGCCGAAUCGUAUCUCGGUGCCAACUGCAACAACGCUGUUGUUACGGUCCCCGCCUACUUCAAUGACUCUCAACGACAGGCCACCAAAGAUGCCGGAACCAUCUCUGGCAUGAACGUUCUCCGUAUCAUCAACGAGCCCACAGCUGCUGCCAUCGCAUACGGCUUGGACAAGAAAGUGACCGGCGAGCGGAACGUCCUUAUUUUCGAUCUCGGAGGAGGAACUUUCGAUGUCUCUCUCUUGACUAUUGAAGAAGGUAUCUUCGAGGUCAAGGCCACUGCUGGUGACACUCACUUGGGCGGUGAGGACUUCGACAACCGUCUCGUCAACCACUUCGUCCAGGAAUUCAAGCGCAAGAACAAGAAAGAUCUCUCGUCGAAUCCUCGUGCUCUCCGUCGUCUCCGCACUGCUUGCGAGCGUGCUAAGCGCACUCUCUCUUCUGCGACCCAAACUUCCAUCGAAAUUGACUCCCUUUUCGAGGGUAUUGACUUUUACACUUCAUUAACUCGUGCUCGUUUCGAGGAAUUGUGCCAAGAUCUUUUCCGAAGCACACUUGAGCCCGUCGAGAAGGUUCUCCGCGACUCUAAGAUUGACAAGGCUAACGUUCACGAGAUCGUUUUGGUUGGUGGUUCCACUCGUAUCCCUCGUAUUGUCAAACUCGUGUCAGACUUCUUCAAUGGCAAGGAGCCCAACAAGAGCAUCAACCCUGACGAAGCUGUCGCCUACGGUGCUGCCGUUCAGGCCGCAAUUCUUUCUGGUGACACUUCUGAGAAGACCCAGGACCUCUUGCUCCUCGAUGUUUCUCCUUUGUCGCUUGGUAUCGAGACCGCUGGUGGUGUCAUGACUGCCCUCAUUAAACGUAAUACUACUGUCCCCACCAAGAAGUCGGAGACUUUCUCCACUUACUCCGACAACCAGCCAGGUGUCCUCAUCCAAGUGUACGAGGGUGAACGUGCACGGACGAAGGACAACAACCUCCUCGGUAAAUUUGAACUUUCUGGUAUCCCUCCUGCGCCCCGUGGUGUUCCUCAAGUUGAGGUCACUUUCGAUAUUGAUGCCAACGGUAUCUUGAACGUGUCUGCGUCGGACAAGACUACCGGAAAGUCGAACCGUAUCACCAUCACCAACGACAAGGGUCGUCUAUCCAAGGAAGAUAUCGAGCGCAUGGUUUCUGAAGCUGAGAAAUAUAAAGCUGAGGAUGAAGCUGCUGCUUCUCGUAUCACCGCGAAGAACGGCCUUGAAUCAUAUGCCUACAACCUUCGUAACUCCAUCAGUGAUGAGAAACUUGCCGACAAAUUCGAAGCUGCUGACAAGGCCAAACUCGAGUCUGCAGUCAACGACACCAUCUCGUGGCUUGAUGCUUCACAAGAGGGUUCGAAAGAGGAGUAUGAGGAGAAGCAGAAAGAAUUGGAGGCCAUUGCUAACCCCAUCAUGCAGAAGUUGUACGGUGCAGCAGGAGGUGCUCCCGGCGGUGCUCCCGGCGGAUUCCCUGGCGGUGGAUUCCCCGGUGCGGGUGGAGCACCUGGUGGAUUCCCUGGUGCUGGUGGAGAGGAUGGUCCCAGUGUGGAAGAGGUCGACUAAACGCCUCGUCUGUCACGAUUUUCUUUUGCAUCAUCUCGGUCCUCAUACGUUGCAUAGUUGGUAUACGAUCUUAAUGACACACAUUACAAAAUAAUGAACCGCAGUGUACGCUAGUGCAGUUUUAGAAUGAUUUCUUUUUAUUCUCGCA